CGUUGUUGACUUACGUCCCAUUUUCACCAGCUGUGCUGCUCCCAGCCAGCCCUGGUCCUCUCGCCAAGGUCCCUCUCGAGCUACGUAACCCUGCCUCCGCAGAGAAAGAGAGGGUACCUCGCUGUGCGUACCUGCCACCUCUGCCAGAAGGAAUUACCUUACCCCAUCGUCACCUCUUACGCACAUCCUACAUAAGGCCAGCUCCGCCCGGCUUUGUCUACACCACUUCCAUACACCACAGCAAACCCCCCCGAAAAACACAGCUCCCACCAAGCUAUUCCGACACUCACCGCAAAGAAACAAGUCAGUUUGGGCUUCCGAGUGUAUCCACCAUCACUACUGCUUCUCUCCCUGCCUUCAAAGGAGAGCACACGACCCACCUAGCUUUUUGACAGGCCGUUCCGGGAGCCAAAGCUUUCCCCUCACCGUUCAAGAUGACUCUCUACUACACUCUCGUGUUUGUUCUGCUCAUGGCAGAGAUGGGGCUGUUCAUGCUCCUGAUCGUGCCUCUUCCCUUCACUGUCAAGCGCAAGCUGUUUACCUUCAUCUCUGAAAGUCCAGUCGUUGCAAAAGUCCAGUAUUGGAUGAAGAUCACAUUCGUCUUCAUCCUUAUCCUCUUCAUCGAUAGUGUCAACCGUGUCUACCGCGUCCAGGUCGAGCUCGCGCUUGCUACUGAGAAGCAGAACAGCGGCGGCGCCGCUGUUAUGGGCCACGAACGCCUCGAGGUGCAGGCCCGCAAGUUCUACUCCCAGCGCAACAUGUACCUCUGCGGCUUCACCCUCUUCCUCUCGCUGAUCCUGAACCGUACCUACGUCAUGAUCCUCGAGGUGAUGCGUCUUGAGGAUAAGGUGCGUAGCUACGAGGGCACCAAGGGCAACACCAAGGAGAGCGAGAAGCUUGCCGUCGCCGGCGAGCCCGGUGAGAUUGCCAAGCUCCGCAAGGAGCUCGAACAGAAGAACCGCGAUAUCGAGACGCUCAAGAAACAGAGCGCCGGCCUGCACAAGAGCUACGAUGAGCUUUCGGACCAGUACGCCAAGACACAGCCCCAAGGCAACAAGAAGGCGCAGUAAAGGAAAGGAAAAGAAGAUACGUGUCGAACGUCUCGACUUUUGUUUUAAUCCUAGCACAGCAAACCGCCGCGCGUGGAGGUACGGUGAAAAAAGGAGAAAGUGAGCUUAUAGAACAUGCUCCGGAUCAAGGAUCCGUCUAAAAUGAGAUGCAUGCGUGGGAAGCCUGGACGGCGUUGAGUUAUAGCUAUAAUCAAGGUCUCGCUUUUUGACGC